GUUUGUUAGAUAACUACAGAACUUACAGGUAUACACGGCACAAGCCCAAGUUGCAUAACUGCACUUUAAGGGAAAUUUGUUGAGGCCGGCAUGAUUCCACGGAGAUAGAUGUCCUAAGUAGUAGUCUACAACGGCUACAAUAUGGCUGAGGGUGGCGGGCUUGAGGAGCUAUUCGUCCUCCGUGUACUCGACGAGGCUCUUGCCGACAAGCUGCAUCGGAUACUACGGGAGGAGCUCACUGUACACGGCCACAUCGAGCUCACAUUCGCAGAUAACAACCAGGACGGAGUGCUGACGGUCGAUGGCAUGCCAUACCCUGUUAAGCUGCUGAACCUGCCAACGGUUGUGGAGGCCUACAAAACGUACGAUGAUAUUAACCUGGUGAAAAUCAACGACAUCGGUCAGCUGCUGCUGGUGGGGCCGCCCGGCAGCACACUGCCCGAGGGGCCGGAGUGCGCGGACGGCGUCACGCCGCCCAUGCGCAACGCCCGCCAGCGCCACUUCAAGCCGCUACCCAAGGUGGACCCUUCCGAGGUGGCGGCCGUGGAGCGCGACCUGCUGGCGCUGCUAAGCGGCUUCGCGCCCGCGGGCAUGAGCAUCACGGACGUGGAGGAGGAGUUUGUGGUGGACGAGGAGACGGGCGAGGGCAGCUGGAGGCAGGUCAAGGGAAAGGACAAGUAGGGGGGGGGAUUAAUAGGGAUGCAUGUUUUCCGCAUCUGGCUGGAUUAUAGGAUUUCGUAUAGAUGUUGUCAUACAAGCGGCGUUCAGUUGCGCACUGUGGAGUGUGAGCGCUGGGGUGUAGUAUGGUGCGGGGUGUAGUAUGGUGCGCCCUCCUAGGCGGGGAGAGGGGGGAAUUUAAGGGCUUGGAGGAGGGAGGCAAUGGGAGGAGGUACCGGUAGUAGCUGAUACGGUAUGUUGCCCAUGCGGUGUGAGGGUGAGGGCGAGCAGGUGGUUAGCGCUGGUAACGUGGUAAGGAUGUUGGCUUACUUGGAUGCUUGGAUGCUUGGAGGCCCUCUGGGUUGGCUGAUGAGUUGCCGCGUGCGGGCUUAAUGAGCGCGGGUUAGGCGGGUAAGGUGGUUCUGGUUCUGCGUGUGCGUAUGUGACAGGGUUAACAGGUAAUAAGCAGGGACGGGCGGCUAUGUGCAGCGGAAGGGAGUACAGUGACGUAGGCUACAGCGCCGUAGGCUAGGGGAAAUGCUGUGUUGAGCUUGGGAAUUUGUUACGGUGGGAUGCGGUGGGAUGGGAUAUCUGGGGCCAGUCUUGUGCAGUGUGUCGCAGCUAGAAUGCGAAGGUUAGAAGGGGGACCGGCGCAGCUAGGCCAUGCUUCUAGGCCGCAUGCCGUACCAUGUCGGACGGCAUCGAUCCGUAACGGUAACAGGACAUAAGGGGCUCUUGCACUGAUUGUUUCUGUUAACAUCGAGCAUGGGCCCUUGUCUUAAGGCUUGAGGUGGUUUCAAAGUUAUGCCUGUAAAAGGCGGAUUGC